AAUCGAAAUUAUGACUUAGCCUAUUGACUAAACGCUUACGUGACGCGCACGACAGGAUGAAUUGCGAACACAUUAAACAGUAUUUUGAUCGUGGUUAUACUAAUGAUGAAAUUCUUGCCGUGUUAGCGGAACGGCAUGGAAUAGCUCUGAGCAAACGCAGUCUUGAGAGGAUUUUGAGCAAGAAUAAGCUUUGGCGGAGAAAGAACAAAACAGAGGUGGCAGAGGUGGCAGCUUUCAUUGAACAGCAACUUCAAACAUCUGGCCAAUGUCAUGGCUAUAGAUGGAUGCACCAGAAAUGCUGGCUGAAUGGCAUUAUAACUGACAGGGAAACGGUGCGAGUUCUGCUGCGGCUUUUAGAUGGUGAAGGGGUUGAUUUGAGGUCAAGAAAUCGACUGAGGCGGCGUGUGUAUCAUAACCGUGGUCCUAACUUUGUCUGGCAUAUAGAUGGCUAUGAUAAACUGAAGCCGUUUGGAAUUGGAAUAAGCGGAUGUAUAGAUGGAUUUUCCAGGAGCAUGAUGUGGCUUGAGGCAUACAAGACCAACAGUGAUCCAAGACUUAUUGCUGGAUACUUCAUGGAUGCCGUAAUUAACGCUGGAGGUUGUCCUGCUAGAGUAAGGCUAGAUUUAGGAACAGAAAAUGUUCACGUGGCUGAGAUGCAAAGAUUUUUGACUUUUUCUGAGGAUCGACCUGAAACAGAUCGUGUUACUUUUGGCCCAAGCUCUGGAAACCAGCGCAUCGAAAGAUGGUGGCUCACUUUGCGAAGUGAAUGUGUCCAAUUUUGGAUCGACCUCUUUGACAAGCUGAGAGAAGACGGGCACUUCGCAGACACUUUUUUGGACAAAUCUUUGGUACAGUUCUGUUUCCUUAACAAAAUUCAGGAAGAGCUUGAUGACAUUGUCUUCGCUUGGAACAACCACAGAAUAAGGCCAGUCCACAACUCACGAUCACCGCAUGGCCGACCUUCCAUCAUGUAUGCUGUGUCUCAUCUAUAUGGAGCCACAGACCACCUGCAUCCAGUGUGUCUGGAGAAGGUUCAAGUCUGUUUAGAAGAGUGUGUUUUCAAGGACUUUCCAUGCGAAGAAGACAUUUUUAACAUAUGUGUUGAUCUUAUGUCAGAGCAUGAUUUGAACCUUAUGAACGAUGUGUUUGCAGAAGUGGACUUGUACAUAACUCUUAGGGAGCUAAUUAACAGUGAGUUGGACUAA